AUGCCCACAAACGGAACUAACAGGGCCCUGAAGCUGCAGUUUGGCCUCAUCAACCAUGAGAAUCGCUACCUGACGGCCGAGGCCUUCGGCUUCAAGGUGAACGCCUCAGGUAUCAGCAUGAAGAAGAAACAGAUCUGGACCUUAGAGCAGGACGAGCAAGACAGCCAAGUAGUGUUCCUCCGCAGCCACCUGGGACGCUAUCUGGCCUCUGACAAAGAUGGCAAGAUCACAUGUGGGGCAGAGAAGCCUGACCCUGACUGCCGUUUCCUUAUUGUGCCUCAGUCUGAUGGUCGCUGGGCACUGCAAUCAGAGCCCUACCAGCGUUACUUUGGGGGCUCGGCUGACUACCUGUCCUGCUUUGCCCAAGCCAUCGGGGAGCAAGAGCUGUGGGCCGUCCAUUUGGCUUUACAUCCACAGGCCAGCCUGCUCAGUGUGGCACGUAAGCGCUAUGCCCAUCUGUCUGCUUCAGAUGGAGAGAUCUCAGUGGACAGCAACAUUCCCUGGGGAGUGGACUCCUUGGUUACCUUGGUAUAUCUCGACGGCAAGUACAGCUUGAAGACCUGUGACAGCCGUUUCCUCAGCAAUGAUGGCAAACUGGUGAAGGAGAACAACAACACUACAAGCUUCACGCUGGAGCUGAAAUCUGGCAAGCUGGCCUUCAAGGACUGUGAUGGGAAAUAUCUGACCCCAGUGGGUCCCACAGGGACUCUGAGAUCUGGCCGAUGCUCCAAGCCUGGAAAAGAUGAGCUGUUUGAUCUCGAGGAGAGUCAUCCACAAGUAGUUUUUCAAGCCGCCAAUAAAAGAUUCGUCUCAGUCAAGCAAGGAGUGAGUAUUUCAGCCAAUCAGGAUGUGGAGACAGACAUGGAGACCUUCCAGAUGGAGAUUGAUAAAGAGAGCAAAAAGUCUAUGUUCAGGACCAACGGUGGAUCCUAUUGGACUCUAGUGACUCAUGGAGAGAUCCAGUCCACUGCCACAGAAGUAGAGGUCAACACAAUGUUUGACAUUGAGUGGCGAGGACAUAGGGUGGCACUCAAAGCAAGUAAUGGAAAGUAUGUGUGUACAAAGAAGAAUGGGCAGCUCUCGGCAGUCAGCGAUACAGUGGGUGAGUGCUUUCAGGCAAGCCACUUGGGAUUUAACGUUGUGUCCACAUAUGAACAGUAUUUGUCCUCCAUUGCAGGUGAUGAUGAAUUAUUCCUGAUGAAACUCAUCAACCGCCCCAUGCUGAUCCUUUGUGGGGAGAACGGCUUUGUGUGCCACCACAAGAACUCCAACACUCUGAACGCAAAUCGAUCCGUCUAUGACAUUUUCUCAUUGAUCUUUAAUGAUGGCGCCUACAAUGUAAAAAGUGUGAAUGGAAAGUUCUGGUACGUCUCUAGCAGUGGUCUAGUGUGCUCAGAUGGAGAAAAGCCAGAGGACUUUUUCCUUGAGUUCCUGGAACACGGACGUGUCGCCAUCAAGGCCUCUGAUGGGAAGUACCUUCGUGGAGACCAGGGAGGUACGCUCAUGGCUGAUGGCACAACUGUUGAUGCAUCUUGUCUUUGGGAGUUUUGACACCUUUCAAUCAGGACGCUCAAAGAAGAAGCAAGAAGGCAGGGUGCAGGACCAGCUUCUAUCAGCUCAGAUGAAGCGGACUGACCGGGUAACAUUUCCUGCCUGUUUUUAUACUAGCUGCCAGGUGCCCCAUCCCAUUUUUUCCUUUUUUUUUUUUUUUUUUAAUUGGGAAAGA